GACAAGCGGCGCCUUCCUAGCGGCUUAAAGGGGCCGCGGCCGCUUCCUGCCGAGCGGGCUCCGCGCAGCCCGGGGUGGGGGGGGGGAGCCGAGCCGAGCCGAGCCGGGGCCAGCGGGGAGGCGGAGCCGGAGGAUGGCUUGAGCGGCGGGGGAAAGUUGUGCGCCAAGCCAGGCUCGCCCCGCCGGGCCACCUGCUUUGCAUCCGCUGGGUUGGCGGGGCGAGGGGGGGGGCCCACCAUGUCCAAAGCGAUCCAGAAGAAGCCCCCCUGGAGCAGCCGGGCGCGCCAGUGCUCGGCCCGCCGGGCGGCCGGCGGCCGGCCGGGGCUGCCCCUGCUCGGGGGCGCGGAGCACGGGCAGUUCCCCUACGUGGGGACGGCGGAGGAGGGCGGCCCGCCGGUGCUGGCCGGGGGCGAAGACGGGGGGCUCAGCCCCGGGGAGCUGCUGCUGGAGGUGCAGGGGGUCCGCGUGUCCGGCUUGCCCCGCUGCGACGUGCUGGAAGUGAUCCGGAGCUGCCGGGAGCCCAUCGCGGUCAAAGCCGUGAGACAAGGAAGUAGACUGAACAAAGAUCUGAGGCAUUAUCUCAACCAGAGGUUUCAGAAAGGAUCUCCAGAUCACGAGCUGCAGCAGACAAUUAGAGAUAACCUUUAUCGCCAUGCUGUGCCUUGCACAACCCGUCCUCCGCGAGAAGGAGAAGUGCCUGGUGUUGACUAUAACUUUCUGACUGUGCAGGAGUUUCUGGACCUUGAGCAGAGUGGAACUCUUCUUGAAGUAGGAACGUAUGAAGGUAACUAUUAUGGACCCAAGCCUCCCAGCCAACCCGUCAGUGGGAAUGAUACCACUGAUGCUUUGCAAAACCUUCAGUCCAACUCCAAGCAGUCGACUCCAAAACGAACCAAGUCUUAUAAUGAUCUGCAAAAUGCUGGAAUAGUGCAUACGGAGAAUGAGGAUGAGGAUGACGUCCCUGAAAUGAACAGUAGCUUUACAGCAGAUUCUGGUGACCAAGACGAGCACAAUAUACAUAGUAUAAGAGAAACAACGCCACCACCUGUGAAUAAUAGCAACGCCGUUCCCACCACGGAACCAUCUCAGAAGCUCCCUCAAUACCUACCUCCUUCUGCAGGAAACUUAGGUCCUCUACCCGAAAACUGGGAGAUGGCCUAUACUGAGAAUGGAGAAGUCUAUUUUAUAGACCAUAAUACUAAAACAACAUCUUGGCUAGACCCACGGUGCCUGAACAAACAGCAGAAGCCUCUAGAAGAAUGUGAAGAUGAUGAAGGGGUACACACGGAGGAACUGGACAGUGAACUAGAAUUGCCUGCUGGUUGGGAAAAGAUUGAAGAUCCUGUAUAUGGAGUCUACUAUGUAGACCACGUUAACAGGAAGACACAAUAUGAGAAUCCAGUUCUGGAAGCGAAACGGAAAAAACAGCUUGAGCAGCAGCAACAACAACCAGAAGAAUGGACAGAAGAGCAUCCAUCUCUUGGUCCACCGGCUGUUCCAAACCAUGCGCCAAACACCCAAGAGCCAGUUCGAGAAGCACCAGUACAAGGAAAACCAUUUUUCACGCGAAACCCUUCAGAGUUGAAAGGGAAGUUCAUCCACACCACGCUGAGGAAAAGCAGCCGGGGGUUCGGCUUCACUGUGGUCGGAGGGGACGAACCAGAUGAAUUUCUCCAAAUCAAGAGUUUGGUGCUUGACGGCCCUGCUGCCCUGGAUGGCAAAAUGGAGACAGGAGAUGUUAUAGUCAGUGUAAAUGAUACCUGUGUGCUGGGACAUACACACGCUCAAGUUGUAAAAAUCUUCCAGUCCAUUCCCAUCGGUGCCAGUGUGGACCUUGAACUGUGUCGAGGUUACCCUCUGCCCUUUGACCCCGAUGACCCCAACACAAGCCUGGUGACUUCAGUGGCAAUUCUAGAUAAAGAACCGAUCAUUGUGAACGGGCAGGAAAAUUUUGAUUCUCCAGCAAGCCACAGUAGUAAAACAGGGAAAGUAAAUGGCUUGAAGGAGCAAAGACCAAGUAGUCCAGCUGAAGUCUCUUCAAAUGGAUCCCAUGGUUACCCCAACGAUACUGUCUCUUUGGCUUCUUCUAUAGCAACACAGCCUGAACUCAUAACUGUACAUAUAGUGAAAGGCCCCAUGGGCUUUGGUUUUACUAUAGCAGACAGUCCUGGUGGUGGGGGCCAAAGAGUGAAACAAAUUGUAGACAGCCCCAGGUGCCGAGGCCUAAAAGAAGGGGAUCUUAUCGUUGAAGUGAAUAAGAAGAAUGUGCAAAACCUCACUCACAACCAAGUCGUGGAUAUGCUGAUUGAAUGUCCUAAAGGAAGCGAAGUCACAUUACUUGUGCAACGAGGAGGAUUGCCAGUCCCAAAGAAGAGCCCAAAGUCGCAACCACUUGAAAGGAAAGACAGCCAAAACAGUUCCCAGCAUAGCGUCUCUAGCCACCGUAGCACGCACACUGCUUCACCCAUCCAUACCACUCAGGUGCUGCCCGACUACCCUGCCACUGAAGCAACAGCUGUGGAGCAGCCGGACAACUCUGGACAGAAAAAGCCAGAUCCAUUCAAAAUCUGGGCCCAGUCCAGGAGCAUGUAUGAAAGCCGACUUCCAGAUUAUCAAGAACAGGAUAUCUUCCUAUGGCGAAAGGAAACGGGCUUUGGGUUUAGGAUUCUAGGUGGAAAUGAGCCUGGAGAACCUAUUUACAUUGGUCACAUUGUACCAGUGGGCGCUGCUGAUGCCGACGGUCGUCUGAGAUCUGGAGAUGAACUGAUCUGUGUGGACGGAACACCUGUUGUCGGAAAAUCUCACCAGCUUGUAGUCCAACUUAUGCAACAGGCUGCCAAGCAAGGUCAUGUCAAUCUAACUGUAAGGCGCAAAGUGGUAUACACAGUUCCAAAAGCAGAGAACGAAGUCCCUUCUCCAGCCUCUUCACACCACAGCAGCAACCAGCCAGCUUCCCUGACGGAGGAGAAGCGGACCCCGCAGGGAAGCCAGAACUCCUUAAACACUGUGAGCUCGGGCAGUGGCAGCACCAGCGGCAUUGGCAGUGGCGGGGGCGGGGGAAGCGGUGUGGUCAGCACCGUGGUGCAGCCGUACGACGUCGAAAUCCGCCGGGGAGAAAAUGAAGGCUUUGGCUUUGUGAUUGUGUCCUCAGUUAGCAGGCCCGAGGCAGGGACAACUUUUGGAAAUGCAUGUGUGGCCAUGCCUCACAAAAUAGGUCGGAUAAUUGAGGGGAGCCCCGCAGACCGCUGUGGCAAGCUGAAAGUAGGAGACCGGAUCUUGGCUGUUAAUGGAUGUUCCAUCACCAACAAAUCGCAUUCAGAUAUUGUCAACUUAAUUAAAGAAGCAGGAAACACAGUUACUCUGCGCAUCAUUCCAGGGGAUGAAUCCUCCAAUGCUACUUUAUUGACCAACGCUGAAAAAAUUGCUACGAUUACAACCACACAUACUCCUCAACAGAUGCCCCAGGAACCCAGGAACAACACAAAACCAAAGCAGGAAUCCCAGUUUGAUUUCAAACUGCCUCAGGCACCACAGGACCAAGAUUUUUACACCGUUGAACUGGAAAGAGGAGCCAAAGGAUUUGGCUUUAGCCUGCGAGGUGGCCGAGAGUAUAAUAUGGAUCUCUACGUGUUGCGGUUAGCUGAGGAUGGUCCAGCUGAGAGGUGUGGAAAGAUGAGGAUUGGUGAUGAAAUUCUAGAGAUCAAUGGGGAAACCACCAAGAACAUGAAGCAUGCUCGGGCCAUAGAACUGAUUAAAAAUGGUGGCCGCAGAGUCCGCCUGUUUCUGAAACGUGGAGAUGGCUCUGUACCAGAAUAUGACCCCAGCAGUGACAGGAACAGUCCCGCCACAGGUUCACAAAAUGUAUCGGAAAUGAAAAAUAUGCCAUCUGACCGACGACAACACCCAUCAUUGGAGUCCAGUUAUCCACCAGAUCUUCACAAAUCAUCACAACAUGGGGACAAGCGGACAUAUGUUAAAGAUCCAAAAGGCAGCAGAGAGUUUAGCAGACAAUCCAAUGAACACCACACUUGGAAUGGAACUUCUCAAAACAGUGAUAGCGUAACCAGCAGAAAAAAGGACAGGUCACCAGGAAGGCGACGAGAUAGACAACCAGAAAGAAUGGUGGUAAAUGGACAAAAAAUGAAAUCUCCUGAAAAAAGGAGGGAAGGGACAAGAAGUGCUGACAAUACUUUGGAGAGGAGGGAGAGACACGAGAGGAGGAGAGACCUUUCUCCCGAAAGGCGAAGAGAAAGGUCACCGACUCACAGAAGGGAUGGGUCACCAAGCAGGCGAAGGAGGUCACUCGAAAGACUAAUGGAUCAAAGAAAAUCACCAGAGAAAAGAAGAGAGAGCUCACCUGAACGGAGGGCAAAGUCAACUGACAGAAGAAGGGAGAGGUCACCAGACAAAAGGAUGAAGGAUGAGCGAGCUGGCCACAGAGAGAGGGAAGAAAACAGUUUGAAAUAUGAUACCAACAAAAGACACCCCCCUGAACAGAGAAGGAAACCCUACAAAGAGUGCAGCACUGAUCUCAGCAUCUGAGGUACUCAUCCGACGCACAGAGCCAUAUUCCAGCCUUUAUAGUGCUGAAGGCUCUAAGAAGAGGGUAAUAAAGCUGAAAUUAUCUUAGUUUCUUAAAUGAUGAAAUAUCAGACACCUGCUGAUCCUAUGAAUUGCAGCAAACAUUUUACGCAGAUGAAAUCUUAUAACAAAAAUAUAUACAAAAUGUUGUGCCUGAUGUAUAAUAUUAAAGAAAGUAUUUUUAAGUGUAUUCUUUUUUUUUAAGUUACUUGCCAAAUGGUCCUAAAGGAUUAUAAAAUUUUGUUUCUACAUAUUCUGUAGAUUUCUUGAGAAAAAUUCCUCUAUCAGGCAACUUCCCCCUUCCCCCCAUAAUUAAAUGGGGACAACCAAUAAUAUAAGGUAGUUAGAGGAUUUUUUUUUAUAAAGGGUGAAGGAGGAAUUAAAAUGUGCAUAUCAAUAGGAAUGGAGCACUCCUGCUG